GCCGGAGAGCGGAGCUGCAGACGACGUGCGCAACGCCAGACAAAGGCUGCCCGUCGUCGCACACGAGCCGCGCGACACAGAAAUCCGGGCGGCAGCCCUUCGACCCAGCAGUAAAGGCACAAGACACGAGGGCGGGCUGCCACCAGCAACAUGGAGCGCAGGCCGCGGUCCGCCCCAGCGGCAAGACGCGUCGCACCGAUCCCAACCAAGCGGCCCGGCUCGGCGCACGCGUGGACCGAAGCGAAGCGACGCGACGCCAAGCGCGAGGAACUGCUCGCAUUGAUCGAGGGCUGCGGCGUCAAUCCCGUGCUCGACGCUGCCUCCCAAAAAGUACUGAAGACGGACCCGACGCGCGCGAAAGCCGCUCUCAAAAAGCUCGACUUCGCGGCGCACGCCGCGCGCUGCGGCCUCCAGAAGGGCCAGCCCGUCGCCGCGCAAGCGGCUCUGAAAAAGAUCGAAGCGACGGCUACCGGGUUGCACCGCACCGUCACGGCGAUGGCGGACGAGCGCGACCACUUCAAAUACGUCUCUGAAGAGCUGGAAAGGCGGCUGCUGGGCAAUAUGAGAUCCAAGCAAAGCCAGAUCGAAGCAUUGACCAUGCGAGUGAAGCACGACCGCGACGCGCUGCUGUCGACCCUGAAUUCGCUACGGGAGCGGAAUGAGUUGUUGGAGGAGCAGGUCGAGCGCCUGGAAAUAGAUCUGGUGGGGACCUGUGUGGAACUCAAAUUUCGGACGCCCGACGCCAUCGACGCGACGUCGUGCCCGUGACCCAACUCACUGUUUGAUCUCCACGCAGGCUGGGACACGCGCGAGACUCAACGAGAGGGACCGGCGCCACUACUAUAAAGACAUCGGCGGCGGGACCAUCCCCUACGUCGAACACGCGCGGGCGAACUACGAGUACGGCUGCGAGCUGCGGGAGGCACCCUGGUCCGCCGACGCGGAAAAGCACAAAGCAGCGACGGAAAAGGCGCGCGCGCCCGAGACGGCCGCGUCCCGCAAGGCGGCCUUGGAUAAUGGCGCAUGCCUCCUCGUCAAGCAGGACGCGUCCACAAACACCGAGGGCGCGUCCGUCGAGACUGCCGCUCUACGACGGUCGCUCAUGGUCCUGAGCUCUUUGUCUCGCGAGGCGAACCUCUGGCCGCGCAAAAUCGUCCGCGAGGCAUUACUCGUAGCGUCGCAGUGUGGCGUCGAGACACGCGCGCGCGCGCUCGCCUUAGAUUGCCUGAUCCGCCUGGCCGGCUACGAGGCGAACAAGAGGCAGUUCUGGGCCCACCGGCCCCUGAGGCGGCUCUUGUACGCGACGGCCUUCGAGCGCCUCGCGCCGGGGCCCCUCGUGAAUCGCGCGAAGGAGCGCCUCCUAACUCUAUUACCUGACGCGACGCUCCUGGCCAAGCUCGGGCCGCUCGCCGCGACGCUCGCGCGGCAGGCCCGGGCAAAAGCCGACGCCGACGCCGCGGCGCCGCUGGGCGACUUUGCCGGGCUCAUGAAGGGGGCGACGGUUGUGCUGGACCAAAAGGCCCUCGGCGACGCGCUGGACCUCGCGGCGGCGGGCGGGCUCGCGGGCCGCGACGCCGGCACGCGGUACGCGGUCAUAGAGACCCUCUACCUCCUGUCGCAGCCGCCGCCCCUGCGGCGGGCCGUCUGGGUCCACCGCGGCGCCCGCCACGCUCUCUUGGCCGCCGUCGACCACGCGCCCGACUUCGAGACCAAGGACAAAGCCUUGCAAGCGGUCGCGUCGCUGCUAUUACAGAACCAGAACCAGGCCGAGAUUUACAAGGACGACGAUUUCGUGCGCGUGCUCACCGGCGACCCAGUGCUGGAACUCUUGGUCCCUCCGGACAUGCGCGACGACGCGUCGGCGCCCGUGCCGGCUCCGAAAUCACCGACGACGCUCGCCGAGGCGAUCCACGAGGACAUGGUCGCCAAGGGCUACACGCGCGUCGACCCGCUGCCGCCGCCGACGCCGGACCCGCGCGAGGCUGUGUUGGAGAAGGCGCGGCGCGUCCGCGACCGCGCCAACAAGGCCGGCGACCGCGCCGAGGCGGCGGAGCAAGCGAUGCUCCGGGCGGAGAGCCUGGCCGCGGCCGACGCGGCGGCGAACGCGGCCGAGCGCCUCGCCGCCGACAAUAGCUGCAGGAGCCCGCGCAUCGCGCCGACGCUCGUCGACGGCCGCCGGACCGGCGCGGAGCGGCUCGCCGAGGCGCGCGCGAUGCGCGAGGAGGCCGUGCGCCGCGAGAAGGGCCGCGCGGAGCCGCCGUUCCGGAUCCCCCGGGAUCUGCUGGUGUACCUGGGACAAUAA